AUGCCCAAUUUUGCCGCAAUUUUUGAGGACAGUGGUAGAGGUGCAUACAAAAUCGGCUAUGAGGAGGCGCAGUCAGAUACAAAUGAGGAUGAAGAGGUUGAGUGGAUUAGUGGCAAUAUUCACAGGGGGAGAAGGAUCAUUACUGGAAAACCAAAAUUCUCUCCUUGUGAAGCUUCUGUAGAUGAUCCUGCAAACAAAAGCUUGAGGUGUGAACUUUUAUCCAAAUACGUUGACCCAGCUCCAACAAAUGAGUUUCAGUCGCAUCACACAGAGCUCAGCAACAGGGCAGCCGAGUUGUUUGCUCCUUUAAUUAGGGAAGCAGUUUUUCAUCCAUCAGUAGCAGUUCGACGCUCAUGUAUUCAUACUCUCUCAAUCAUUCUUGCGAAUGGUCUCAUUCAUCCCAUGCAGAACUUUCCUUAUCUAAUUGCUAUGAGCACUGACUGUGAUACAAUUGUGAGAGAAAGAGCAGACAAGAUUCUUACUACCAUCAGUUCAAAACAUGCUCAUGUAGUUCGCACGGAAGCAAUGCCAGGAUUUGUGAAGGCAUUCAGUUAUCAGAGAAUACUCAAACAGGGUGUGGUAAGGGGGUUUCGUAUUGAUGUUGAUCAAGGGCAUGCUCUUUGCUCCCAUCUUUAUUCUCUUAUUCGUUCUAACCGUCAAAACAGACGAUCAUUUGUCAACUUACUCAUUCGUUCAUUUCAGCAAGUGAAGAACGCUGAGCUUCACUACCUUCUGUUUGUUGCUGAUAAUGUUGCAUUAUUUCCUUAUGCUGUUCUCGACGAGCCUUUGUUUGUGAUCUAUGUAGUAGAUAAGGUAGCAUCUAGCAGAAGUUCUUCUCUUCUUGAACAGUUCAACGAGGUUCUUACUGCUGGCCGCUUAGAUGACAGUGUGAAUAUUGAUGAUUUGGAAACAGCAGCAGCACUCCAGUCAUCAUUACCUAAUCUCUCCUGGGACAAAUUUGUGACUUGCCUUGUGGCUAGUCAUCAAUGCUGUCUUUUGCUGAAACUUCGAUCUCACCUAAAAGAAAUGUUUGGGUUGACAGAAGGAAAGUGCAGAAAGUAUUCUCCAAGCGAACCUGCAAAACUAAAUGAAAAACCCUUGACCAAAAGGUUAUUACAUGACUUUGAACCAAGAAGAGUUAUUCAAGCUGUGCAGGACCACUGUUCUGGACAUCAGUCAUUUAAUAGGACUGAUUUAUUUGAUCAAUAUCUAGAGUUUAGACAAAUUGCAAUGAGCCGAGAGCCCAGUGGUGAAGACGAUGGUGCUGGUUCGGAUGCAGAAGGUGGAGCUGCUGCCAUUGACUAUUUUGACCAGCAAUCAUCCAGCAAGAAGAGACGAAGGUCUACUGGAGGUGGAAACAGAACACCUGGCAACAGUAAAAGACACAAAGCAAUAGGCAAUAGUGAGGGAAAGAAACCAAAGAAACGUCGUAAAUCUACUGCUGCCAGUUCUGACGAUGACACACUGGAUCCGGAUUUUCAAAAGUAAUAUUCCACUAAUAUAUAGAAACAAAACAAACUGUCUUUUCUAUUACGUGUAUUGUUUCACGAUAGACACAAUAGUGCAGUAGUUAAGUGUAGCUUGUUCAAAGUAAGGUUUUAAUUAUAUUAUAUGUACGUAUAUGUA